GGCGCCGGGCCAGCUCGGCGGCCGCCGUCCUGCUCGUCCCGCAGAUGCUUUCGAUGAUGACCUGAUGCACAGCACCCUGAAGAGCAUCGUGGAGGGUAGGGCCGUGGAGGCCCCAACCUACGACUUCGUGACGCACUCGAGGCUGCCCGAGACCACGGUGGUGUACCCGGCGGACGUGGUGCUGUUCGAGGGCAUCCUGGUGUUCUACAGCCAGGCCAUCCGGGACAUGUUCCACCUGCGCCUCUUCGUGGACACCGACUCGGACGUCAGGCUGUCUCGGAGGGUGCUCCGGGACGUGCACCGAGGACGGGACCUGGAGCAGAUCCUGACGCAGUACACCACCUUCGUGAAGCCCGCCUUCGAGGAGUUCUGCUUGCCGACAAAGAAGUACGCGGAUGUGAUCAUCCCUCGCGGGGUUGACAACAUGGUGGCCAUCAACCUGAUCGUGCAGCACAUCCAGGACAUCCUCAACGGUGACCUCUGCAAGCGGCACCGGGGCGGCGCCAACGGGCGCAACCACAAGAGGACCUUUCCCGAGCCAGGGGACCACCCCGGGGUGCUGGCCCCCGGCAAGCGGUCACACCUGGAGUCCAGCAGCAGACCACACUGAGCACCUCAGCAGGCAGCCCCGGGGACUGGGCCUGGGACACCAAGGGCCUUGUGGGGAGGGGCGUGGUCUGGGUCACAGUCUGAGGGCCGAGGUCACCAGCUUCCUGCUUCCUGAGGAGGGCGGUGGGUGGCUCUGCGGUCCUGGAAGCGCCCUGGAGGCCUGUGGAGUCUCACACUUCUGGCCAAGCGGAAGUGGCCUGGCCCCUGGCUGGCUUGGUGGUCUCUGCGGCAAACCCACAGCGAGAUGAGUUUCCCGGCGCGGUCUGUGUGCGUGCAUCACAGAAGACCCUGCUCGGACGGUGCGCGUCCUGGUGUUCUCUCUGCCCACGGCACCUGCAAGGCUUGUUUCUUGACGCACUGGGCAGACAGGCAGGGACGAGCCGCGGAGGCGGGCCCCAGCCCAGGGUGCCACUGUGGACAGGCUGUGCUGGUCCUGCCCGUCACUCCUCCCACGUGACCGCCCUUUUGGAAGUGUCCUUUGCCGACACUGCGGCUUCUCGCCAUGGUUACCUGGCCGGGCUGCAGCUGCGUUGUGUAGGGCCGGCUCAGUCUGAGGGGCUGAUGAGUCUGCCCCUCUGGAGGGAGAAUCAAUAAACAACGCCGGAUACGA